CCCAGCGCCGCCGCCGCCGCCACGUGGCGCCCGGGGCCGGAGCGGGGCGGUCCCUGCCCCGAGCGGGACCCGCGCUGCCCCGGGGCGGGGCCGGCCGCGUCCCGGCCCCAUGGGGAGCGCGGCCCGGCGGCCCCGCGGCCCCAGGAUGCCCGCCUGGGGGAUACUGCCCGUCACGCUGCCCGCCUUCACCAUCACCGGCAUGUGGAUCGUGUAUGCUAUGGCCCUCUCCAACAACCACAUCUGCCCCGUCCACAACUGGAAUUACAACCAGUCAUGCGGUGUGGACAGCCCCGGCUCCUGCUGCACGCUGGACCACAUCCCGCUCGUCAGCAAGUGUGGCACCCUGCCUCCUGAGAGCUGCUUCUUCAGCCUCAUCUGCAGCCUGGGCUCCUUCAUGGUUAUCCUGGUGGGGCUGCUGCGCUAUGCCCACCUCCUGGAGUGCCUUGGGCCAUCCCUCCUCAACACCCUGGGGCUGGCCACUGGCUGGGUCUGCGCUGCUGGCCUCACUGUGGUUGGCAACUUCCAGGUGGAUCACGCCAAGGUGCUGCACUACAUUGGGGCAGGGGUGGCCUUUCCCACCAGCAUGCUGUUCCUGCUCCUGCAGUCCAUCCUCACCUACCGCAUGGCCAAAACCCGUGGGCAAUACUGGACUGGUCACUUACGCAGCAUCCUCACUGCUGUGGCCUUUGUCACCCUCAUCUUCAGCGGUGUGUUCUUCAUCCAGGAGAGCUUCGUGCUGCAGCAUGUGGCUGCCCUGUGUGAGUGGAUGUUCAUCAUCGAUGUCCUGGUUUUCUACGGCACUUUCACCUUUGAGUUUGGGGCCAUCUCCACAGAAACCUUCCUGGUCCUGUUGAAAGCCAGCCGGGCCCCCAAAAGUUACAAAGGCGAGAGUGGCAUGUCCAGCACAGCCCAUAUCCACAGCCAUGUGGAGGGCCUGGCCAUGGCCUGACCUCCAUGGGGGGCAGCCUCAAGGCUCACAGCGGGGAACCCCAAGUUGAGCUCUGCCAGUGACUCCCCAGUCCUGAAUGUCUCUGAAAUCCCAGCUGCCUUAAGGUUUGAAUGUGCAUAUGUGUGCACAUGUGGGUGUGCAGUGCCCUCUUGGGGAUAUGAUACCCUCUCCCCUGCUGGUGGGAGCUGUGGCCGAAGCUCCUCUUGCAGCUGGUGUCCUCUGCAGGAGCUGCUCCCUCGCUGCCUGCAGGCUUUGGGGGUGCAGGUCAGCCCUGUGCCACCCUCGAGAGAGCCAGGACCUGCCACUGAGCCUCUGGGGUUGCCCCAUAUGGGUUAAGGGCUGUCAGAAGCAAUCAUGCAGAGGCCCCCUUCUCUAAGGGAUGUGGGCAAACUUGGAGCUCACUCUCCCCUCACCAGGCAAGCCUGGUGUGCUGGGGAGCGGGGAAGUGCUGGGCCUUCCUCCUUCAUGCCCACAGGGUUCAGCAGAGCAAGCCUUCCAGCUGGCCUCUGUGACUCAGAGAAGCCAAAAACCCAGAGUGCCUUUUCCUUUCCUCUGGAGGUUGUGGUAGUGCCAGUCCGUCUGCACGCCCAGUGAGGAUGGCAGCAGGGAGUCUCUCUGCCUGCAUGCCUGGGUUGGGACAGUGCCUUGCACUGCUGCAGGUUGACAUCAGCAGCCGUGGCGCUGGCCCUCGCAGCCGGGGCUCUCACUGCUCAGGGCUUUCCAUGCCUCCACCUGGUGACUUUCCCCACAUUUUUUUUCUGCUUGAAGGAGAACUGCUGAGGCAGGUUUCACCUUCUGGGCCAUAGCACUCCUGUGCUCCCUGGGGUCAGCUAAGUUGGGAAAUGGGUCUCCACAUUUACUGUCACACUGAGGAUGUCCCACAAGCACAGUGCCUGCAGAGUGACACAUUUUCCCUCCGUAGUGCUGCCAGCCUAAGCUGGGCCGUGGGGAAGCCUGUGCACCCCAGCCUGGAGAGGGGGCUGCUGCCAGCGCUGCCACCCGGGGAGCACAGGCACAGAAAGGGUGAGCGCUCCUGUAGGAACCAAGGAAGCCUGCGCCCUGUUCUGGGACUCCCAAAUCCGUCCUCUGGUGCCUUCUCCAGCGCUCAGCUCAGCCAGCACUUGCCUGGCCAGAGCCUGUCCUGCUCAGCCCCGGGUUCCUCUGGCUUGGGCUGGGGGCUGGGAGCAGGGGUGAGUAAGUGUGAGCAGGGGUGAAUACGUGCCUGUGUAUAUGUAUAUAUGCACAUAUAUAUAUAUAUAUAUAAAUUUUCCCUCACCCCUCAAGAGGGGCGUUUGCUGCUGCUGUGCGCAUUGAUCAAGUUGGGCUUCCUAAUUCGCCCACCUUUUCAAAAUCAGCCUAGAAAACUACCAGUAUACGUAGUUCGAAGAAGAGCAUUUCUGACUUUUAUAGCUAAUAUAUGUUAAAAAAAAAUCUAUAUAUAUAGAGAGAACAGUGAAUUUACAGUAAUAAACGUGAAAAUGGAGCGAGGCAGAGCGUCCU